AUGUUCGGAGCUACGCAGAUACCACCUCCAUAUGUAAGGCUUAUUAUCGAGAAAACGGCUAAGUUUAUUAGCAAACACGGGUUGGAGAUUGAAAACAGGAUUAUAGCUUCCAACCUCAAGAAUGCUAGAUUCAUGUUUUUGAACAGCUCAGAUCGUUUCCAUGCUUUUUACAAACACAAACUUUAUGAAUAUCAAGCUCAGAAUCAACAUGGACUUGAAGCUAAUGACGAUGCUGCUACAGGUGCACAACCCGACCCUUUGGCUCAACUUAUGACUCUGCCUGAAGAGGAUUAUACAGUCAUACUUCCUGAAGGGAUCACAGACGACGAGCUUGAUACUGUUAAUCUCAUAGUAAGUGUUGUAGCGCGGAAGGGGAGAUCGUUCUUAGUGGAAUUAACGAGAGGGGAGAUUAAUAAUCACCCUCAGUCUUACUCUAUGAAUCUAAUCCGCAGCAUGUUUGAUUUUUUCGAUGCUCUGGUUGAUUCAUCCACGGCUAUACUAGUUAAGAUAGGCUAUUAUGGUGUUGGUUAG